AUGUGCGAACUAAUAGAGUACUAUAGAGUACGCACUAAGGCUGAAGUAUUAGAGGCAAUUCGUAAGGAAGAUGAAGCUAAGACUGUUGUGUGGGAGACAAUGCGCAAGGAAAAAGAAGAUAAAGCCGCUAUAGUUUUUGAAUCAUUUUUGCAGGGUCGUUGGUUAUUCAUUGAUGAUGGACCAUAUCAUGAAUCACUUGAGCAUUUAGUGGAGCAUUACUCGUUGAUGUCUGACGGUUUACCCAAUAUGUUGCAAGUUGCGGUUUCACCAAAACCGAAACCACCUUUACCAGAAUUUUCAACUAUACCGAGAAUGAAAAGCAGUUCAGUAAAAAAUAUUUUUCCAAAUAAGAGUAAUAUGGAAUCUCUAUCGAAAUCAGCAAAUGUUUCUUUAAUGAAUAAUGAAACAAUUAGUUUACAAAGUUGCACCAUGACAAACGACCAGGACUCUUUCUACACAAUACCUUUGAAUAACGCGGCAGUUCAAAUAGAUAAUCAUUUAAAUAUGUCAACAACUUAUAAUGACAUUGAAAAUGAUGUAAAUAAAAAUAUAAUUAGAGAUGAAAGCAAACAAAAUAACUCUUUUUGUAAGGAAAUUCAAAACGAUUUGUCCAUCCAAAGGAACUCUGAUAUUUCUAAAGAGUCUUUAGUACUAGGUUCUGUACUUGGCGAGGGUGAAUUUGGGGAAGUUUAUAAGGGAAUUUAUGUCAUUAAUAAAACGUGUCAGAUAGACGUUGCCAUCAAAACGUUACGCGAAGAACAUGUUGAAGCUAAUAAAGAAGAUUUUUUGAGAGAGGCCAAAUUAAUGAUGAGCUUAGAUCAUCAUUGUAUAGUACGUCUAAUAGGUGUUUCUCAGGGACCACCAUUGCUAAUGAUUCAAGAAUUAGUUUCAUUAGGAUCUAUGCUGAAUUAUCUUCUCGAGUUUCCAGAAAGAGUGAAUCCUAAGUGUGAAUUGAAAAUAUGGGCCGCGCAAAUUGCUUGUGGAAUGUAUUAUCUUGAAACUCAGAAGUUUGUACAUCGUGACUUGGCUGCUAGAAACAUAUUGUUAUCUUCUAAGCAUCAAGCGAAAAUAAGUGAUUUUGGUUUAUCAAGAGCAUUAGGAACUGACAACAAUUACUAUCAAGCAACCCAAGGUGGCAAAUGGCCAAUUAAAUGGUGA